CCCCGGGCCGCGCCCGUCGCCAGGUCCCCGCGCCCGCCACGGCCACGGCGGGAGGCAGCCGCGCGCAGCGAGCCGGUGGCGCAGGCGUCUGGGGGUCCCCGAGCACCGAGCCCGGGAGCAUGAUCGUGGACAAGCUGCUGGACGACGGCCGCGGCGGAGAGGGGCUGCUGGGCGCGGCCGGCGACUGCGGCCUCAUGACCAGCCCGCUGAACCUGGCCUACUUCUACGGCGCCUCGCCGCCGGCCCCCUCGCUGGCCGCCUGCGACGCCGGCGGCUCGUCGUCGGGUCCGUCGGCGCCCGGCUCGCCCGGCUCCGACUCCUCCGACUUCUCCGCCUCGUCCGUGUCCUCCUGCGGGGCCGUGGAGUCCCGGCCGAGAGGCGGCGCCCGCGCCGAGCGCCUGCAAGUUGAGACCCAUAUGGGGGUUAGCAGGCAGCAGAAAGGACCCUUUCAAGGUGUUCGUGUGAAAAACUCAGUGAAGGAACUCCUGUUGCACAUCCGAAGUCAUAAACAAAAGGCUUCUGGUCAAGCUGUGGAUGAUUCUAAGAUACAAGGUGUGAACAUAGAGCGGUUCACAGAUUUGAAGAACGCAGUAUCAUAUAGUGGGAAAAGGAAAGGGCCCAAUUCAUUCUCUGAUGGAUCAGCUUGCAAGAGGCCGGCUCUGUUGCAGUUUUUGACACCCCCUCAAACACCGACACCCGGGGAGAACAUGGAAGAUGUUCAUCACAGUGAACCCAAACAGGACAGCAGUGCUGAUCUGCUUCAGAACAUUAUAAACAUUAAGAAUGAAUCCAGCCCAGUUUCCCUGAACACGGUCCAAGUUAGCUGGAUGAGCCCUGUAGUGGUCUCUCAGAGCUCCCCCCGAGAGCAGUGUCAGGACUUCCAUGGAGGGCAGGUCUUCUCUCCACCUCAGAAAUAUCAACCGUGCCAAGUCAGCGGCUCCCUGCAAGUGAUGGACCAGGCUUCUAUGUACCAGUAUUCUCCACAGAACCAGAACGUAGAGCAGCAGCACUACUCCCACAACCCCACUCUGGAAUACAGUCCUUAUUCCAGAACUUCUCAGUCCCCUAACUAUGAACCAACCUUCUUUGAUAUUCAAGAACCACCAUUCUGCCCAAACCAAAGUUUUGUUUCCCUUCUAAGUAAUCAUGGGGAAUCUGAGAAUAUUGCUAAUCCUAUUCAGACUUCCUCCAGCGUUCAGCAGCAGAGUGACGCUCACCUGCACAGCUUCAGCAUGAUGGCCACCGGUGCCUGUGAGGCCGUGGGGGGCCAUGAUGUAGCCUCCACCUCUUUAAACACUUCACUGCCCUUCCAGAAUGUCAUCGGAAAUACAAUGAACACCGCACAGUUAGGGAAAUCAUUUUUUCAGUGGCAAGUAGAACAGGAAGAAAGCAAAUUGGCAAAUAUUUCCCAAGACCAGUUUCUUUCAAAGGAUGCAGACGGCGACACGUUCCUUCAUAUUGCUGUUGCCCAAGGUAGAAGGGCACUUUCCUAUGUUCUCGCAAGAAAGAUGAAUGCGCUUCACAUGCUGGAUAUUAAAGAGCACAAUGGACAGAGUGCCUUCCAGGUAGCAGUGGCGGCCAAUCAACAUCUCAUCGUGCAGGACCUGGUGAACCUUGGGGCCCAGGUGAAUACCACAGACUGCUGGGGAAGAACACCUCUGCACGUCUGCGCUGAGAAGGGCCACUCCCAGGUGCUUCAGGCAAUUCAGAAGGGAGCAAUGAGGAGCAAUCAGUUUGUGGAUCUUGAGGCAACUAACUAUGAUGGCCUGACGCCCCUUCAUUGUGCAGUCAUGGCCCAUAACGCUGUGGUGCAUGAACUCCAGAGAAAUCAACAGCCUCAUUCACCUGAAGUUCAGGAACUUUUACUGAAGAAUAAGAGUCUGGUUGAUACCAUUAAGUGUCUGAUUCAAAUGGGAGCAACAGUGGAAGCAAAGGAUCGUAAAAGUGGCCGCACAGCCCUGCAUUUGGCAGCUGAAGAAGCAAAUCUGGAACUCAUUCGCCUCUUUUUGGAGCUGCCCAGUUGCCUGUCUUUUGUGAAUGCAAAGGCUUACAAUGGGAACACCGCCCUCCACGUUGCUGCCAGCCUGCAGUAUCGGGUGACACAGUUGGAUGCCGUCCGCCUGUUGAUGAGGAAGGGAGCAGACCCAAGUACCCGGAACUUGGAGAAUGAACAGCCAGUGCAUUUGGUUCCUGAUGGCCCUGUGGGAGAACAGAUCCGAAGAAUCCUGAAGGGAAAGUCCAUUCAGCAGAGAGCGCCACCGUAUUAGCUCCACUGACCUGGAGCCUGGCCAGCAACACUCACUGUCAGUUAGGCAGUCCUGAUGUAUCUGUACAUAGACCAUUUGCCCUGUAUUGGCAAAUGUAAGUUGUUUCUAUGAAACAAACAUAUUUAGUUCACUAUUAUAUAGUGGGUUAUGUUAACAGAAAAGAAGAAAAAUAUCUAAUUUCUCUUGGCAGAUUUGCAUGUUUCAUACCCAGGUAUCUGGGAUCUAGACAUCUGAAUUUGACCUAAAUGGUAAAAUUGCCUUCAGUUAACAGUAGCUUUUGGGUUGGAAAAGACUUUGAUUUGUGGCGUCAGGCAUUGCUCAUAUAGCUAUUGCCAGUUUCAAAGUAGGUGAAUUGUAAACAGUUCUUUAAGAAAAAUGAAAGCAUUUGAAAGGAAAAAAGUGUUCAGGCUUAAUUUGGCCUGAUGUGAUACCUGGUAGUUAUUGGUUUUGGAAAAUUUCUAGUCAUUGGACUAGAUGAUAGGUGUCCGUGGUUAAAAUUUGAUCUUUGCAAACUGUAUAUAAGUGUUAUUUUUUGUCUUUAAAAAUAUUGUACAUAUUUGGUCAUUAACAUGGCCGUAUGUGAAAUGUGUAAGUCAAUAAAAUAGAAAAGAACAAGUGAAUCGUUACUCUUUAUAAAAAUUUCACACAUUCUGAGGAACUGUUAUUGUGUAAUCGCCCAACUAAAGUCUUUGUAGAUAAAGCAGAUGGGGAGUUUCCCUUAGUGGCUGAAAGAGCUACGUUUGAAUUGUAAAUAUGCUUUUUCUCACGCAUUGAAAUGAGACACAUUAUUUGUAGAGAACUGCGUGCUCUUGAAGAGAAUACCUUUUUAUGGUUUACCUUCUAGAAUUUAUAAUUUACAUGUUGUGUUGAAAUUUUUGUUUUUUACCUUUAUAGAAACAACAAAGUCAAUAUUAAAACAUGUCUUCCUGUUUUAUAAUGUCUAAAUAAUGAUAAUGUGCCAUGACAUUUUAUAUUGCCAUUCAGAAAAAAAUGGUUUAUUUUUUAGUAACAUUAAUUCUAUUAACAUUAUUUUGCUUACCUCUGACAUGCCCGAGGAACAUACUUGGCUUUGAUUACACAUUAAUUUUUUGUAUUAAAUUUGACUCAUUAAAAACCCUUUUUUU